AUGGAUACUUGCACAUUAGAAACCUGCCCCAUAACGGAGAGUAUCUACCAGUAUCAGCCAUCUCUUGCUGGCAAUGCUGCGCUUCUCGCCAUCUUUGCCGCUUCCGGCAUAGUCCACUGCCUACAGUACUUCUUCUUCCGAAAUAGCUCUUACUCCAUCCCUAUGAUCCUGGGAUGCCUGACAGAAGUUAUCGGUUAUGUCGGCCGUGUCCUCCUCGCCGAUGACCCAUUCAGCCAAAAUGGUUUCCUCAUCCAGAUCUGCUGCCUCACGCUCGCCCCUGCUUUCUUCUCCGCCUCGAUUUAUUUCUGUCUCGCAGAUAUUGUUCGUCUCUUUGGCGAAGAAGCCUCAUGGAUUAAGGCAAACCAAUACGCCUGGAUCUUCAUCCCGUGUGAUAUCGUCAGCUUGAUUCUUCAGGGUACUGGUGGUGGUUUGGCCUCCGUUGCUGCUGAUAAGAACACCGACCAAGCCCCAGGAACAAACACUAUGAUUGCCGGGCUGGCCUUCCAGGUCAUCACCCUCGUUGUCUUCAUGUUCCUUACUGUUGGCUUCAUUGUCCGCACCAUGAAGGCCCGAUCUUUGCAGGAGAAGGAAAUGGGUGCCCGGCCAAAACUUCCAAUCAGCCGCGAUCGAUUGGUCACUUUCGCCGUUCCAUUCACUGUCGCCAUCAUCACCAUCUUCACUCGAUGUGUCUACCGUGUUGCUGAGCUGAGUGAAGGCUGGGAGGGAGAUCUGAUCCACGAUGAGGUUACCUUUGUUAUCCUUGAGGGAGUGAUGAUCGCUAUUGCUGUUAUCUGCCUGAACAUCUCCCACCCAAAGCUCCUCAACCAGAAAUAA